GGGGAAGAAAAAUAUAAUGAAAUAAACCCUACCAAACGCAACGCAGCCUUUGCCCGCUGAAACCUACUUGUCCAUCUCAUCCCGCGUUCUCGAUCUUUCGUCUAUCUUUCUCUCGCCUUCGUGCACUGUUCUUGAGAAUCGAGUUUAAAUCUGAUGUUAUAUUCCUUGAAAUUCCGUGUUUGACCUUCUUCGUUGAAAUUCCCAAGCAGUUUCCCUGCCCUUCAACCAUUUAGGGUUCCGAUCUGUUUUCCGUUUCGUUCGUGUUUUGUGUUUAAAAUCUCAUCUGCAAAAAAAAAAAAAAAAUAUCUUUCAUUUUAUGUCGGUUUGUGUUGUAAUCAAAAUUUCGUUGCCUUGUUAAAUUUGAUUGAUUCCCGUUACAGUUGCUCGAGCUUGUGUCAGUUUGAGGUUAAAUUGAAGCUCGAGUGUUUUUGGUGUCGUUUAUUGGGUUUGUUUAUUUCUGAAACCGAUGGAUACUCGGAGCCCUGAUGCAUCUUUUCCGCAGCAAUCACAACCUCCGAAGAAGCAUGGAAUCACGAAACCGAUAUCACUCGCGGGGCCAAGUGAGGCUGAUAUUCAACGGAAUACGGAACUGGAGAAGUUUUUGAUAGAGUCUGGGCUUUACGAGAGCAAAGAAGAGUCUGCGAAAAGGGAGGAGGUUCUUGGCCAUAUCACUAAGAUUGUAAAAAGUUGGGUAAAGCGAUUAACACGUCAAAAGGGAUACACAGAUCAGAUGGUGGAGGAAGCAAAUGCUGUCAUUUUCACUUUUGGAUCUUACCGCUUAGGGGUGCAUGGACCGGGAGCUGACUUAGACACUUUGUGUGUUGGACCAUCUUUUGUGAACCGUGAGGAAGAUUUCUUCAUCAUUUUGCAUGAUAUUUUGACUGAAAUGGAUGAAGUCACUGAACUUCAACCAGUUCCAGAUGCUCAUGUUCCAGUAAUGAAAUUUAAGUUCCAAGGGAUAUCAAUUGAUCUUCUUUAUGCAAGUAUCUCUCUUUUGGUUGUUCCAUAUGACCUUGACAUCUCACAUGAGUCUGUGCUGCAUAAUGUUGAUGAGCAAACUGUUCGAAGUCUUAAUGGGUGUAGGGUUGCUGAUCAAAUCCUUAAACUCAUUCCAAAUGUUGAGCACUUCCGCAUGACGCUUAGAUGUCUGAAGUUCUGGGCCAAGAGGCGUUGUGUUUAUUCCAAUGUUACGGGAUUUCUGGGAGGUGUAAAUUGGGCUCUUCUAGUUGCACGUGUGUGCCAGCUUUAUCCCAAUGCAAUACCUAGUAUGCUAGUUUCUCGUUUUUUUAGAGUAUAUACUCAGUGGAGGUGGCCAAACCCUGUUAUGUUGUGCUCAAUAGAAGAAGAAGAACUUGGCUUUCCUGUCUGGGAUCCUCGGAAGAACCAUCGGGACCGGUUUCAUCUUAUGCCAAUAAUAACUCCUGCUUACCCUUGCAUGAAUUCCAGUUACAAUGUCUCUACAAGCACUCUUCGUGUUAUGAUGGAACAGUUCCAGUAUGGUAACAUAAUAUGUGAGGAAAUUGAGCUAAGCAAAGCUCAAUGGUAUGCUUUGUUUGAACCUUAUCUUUUCUUUGAGGCAUACAAAAACUAUCUACAAGUUGACAUAGUUUCAGCAGAUACUGAUGAUUUACUGGUAUGGAAAGGCUGGGUAGAGUCACGGCUUAGGCAGCUUACCUUGAAGAUAGAGCGGGACACAAAUGGAAUGUUGCAGUGUCAUCCUUACCCAAAUGAGUAUGUUGAUAAGUCAAAGCAGUUUGCACAUUGUGCAUUCUUCAUGGGCUUGCAGAGGAAAGUGGGAGUGAGUGGUCAAGAAGGUCAACAAUUUGACAUACGUGGGACAGUUGAUGAGUUCAGACAGGAGAUAAGCAUGUACAUGUUUUGGAAACCGGGAAUGGAUAUUUAUGUUUCUCAUGUUCGUAGGAGGCAGCUUCCUGUCUUUGUUUUCCCUGAUGGAUAUAGACGGCCUCGACCAUCGAGGCAUCCGAACCACCAUACUGGAAAAACUUGUGAAGUUGUCCCAAGGUCUAAGUUAGGGUCUGCAGAAAGACAAAUUAAGAGAAAACAUGAUGAUGAGACGGUGGAUAAAAUACUGGACAAACCUGAGAAGCGGGCCUCUAUUAGCCCCCAGAGGCUGGAGUCUGUUUCUCUAGAAAGUGGUACAGGUGGAGGAAUAUCUCAUAUCAGUAAUGGUCAAGCAGUUAAACCAGAUCACCGAAGAGGUGCGGAUGAUGAUAGGCUGUUAGACAUCAAAGAAAGAAAUGUGGAAAUUACUAUUCAGCAGACUAGAACUGAUAGUCAAGGGUCCCUCACCAUAUGUGGGCAGACUUCUUUAGAUGUAGAUAAUUUUUCGGUAGUUAGAAAUGUAGAGUCUGCUGAGUUGUUGGGUGAACCUGUUCUUAGGCAGGAGUCGCUUCCUCCAUGUGAAGUUCCUGAUUCUGAUAUAAGGGAGUCACGCAAGCAUAGCUUGUAUCAAGAGAAAACUGAGGAUUUGGCAUUAGCUUACACGGAUGAUGUAGAGACUGGAUCCUCUAGGAACAUCUUAAACUGGAAAGGAGGUGGUGAUGGGGUCGGUCAAGAGGCGGUCAAACCAUGUAAUCAAACAGUAGUGGAAAUUGCUGAAAGUGUAUAUGGGUCAAGUUCCAAUGCGCAGAGCCUCAAUUGCGAGGGUGGUAGUGUAUGCUGUGCAGAUUUGGAUUCACUUCUGGAAAAUGGACAUCCAAAUGCAAGUGGUGUUUUCCAAAACAGUUUGCCUGAAGAAUUACAGGCCCUGUAACACCAUCAUAUGGGCUAUGUUUCCAGUGAUUGUGCUUAAGACCCUGACUAUGUUUUGUAGGCUCAGAUACAUGACCCUCCCUCUUAUUUCUUACGUAUCUUUGGACUAUUUUUGGGUAUCUAACUUGCCUUUUGACCUUGUUUUAUUUUAUAGCCAAAUAUCCCUGUUGGGAAGGUUGUAGAUUCUCAAGAUGGAGCUUGGUCAGAAGCUUUGCAGAAGCCAAUGACCAGGCAUGUGCAUUUGUAACUCGUGUUUUGUUUAUGGAAAUCACAAUCUCUUUAUGCCGUUUUCCACAUAAUCUUUAGCAGGUUGGUUUGAAGUCAAUGGCAUAAUGUAUUGUAGAUGAUACACUCGGAGAAUCGGUGUUAUCAAAGGAGUAAAGGCCUGGCCUUGGUAAGUGUCUCAUUAAUUGCUGUGUGGUUUUAGAUUGAAGGAGUCAUGAGGCUACAAGAGUGCUGGUGCUUUGAAGACUGCUAUCUCAUUUUUAACCACUCGAGUGUUGUGGCCUUGUUUGCCUCCAUUUAUAAAUCGAGUAUUCUUAAUCAAGGUUUUGUAAAUCAUAGAGGCGGUGUAGUGUAUCAUUUAGAAUUUGUUUUGGCAACUUUAUUUAAUCCUUU